CAAUAUGCUUGCGCCGAGAAGUCGGAAGUUACUCGAGUGAAGAGAAAACCCAGAAGCCGAAAACCCUGAGAGCAACAAAAGAAAUCAGAGGACGAUCACAAUGGAUCCCGACAGGUUGAAUUCUCCAAGCACCUGCACUAUUACCCUUGAGGUUAUGGGGCAUGAACUGCAUUUUGCUCAGGAUCCAAAUUCGAAGCAUUUAGGAACCACUGUGUGGGAUGCAUCCAUGGUGUUUGCCAAAUAUCUGGAGAAAAAUUGCAGGAAGGGAAGAUUCAAUCCUUCCAAACUGAAAGGGAAACGUGUUAUCGAGCUUGGAGCGGGCUGUGGUGUUGCGGGAUUUGCUAUGGCAAUGCUGGGAUGCGAUGUGAUUUCAACUGAUCAACGGGAGGUUUUGCCGUUGUUGAAGAGGAAUGUUGAAUGGAAUACCUCCAGAAUCGUGCAGACGAAUUCCACUUCAGAAUCUUUUGGGUCACUCGAGGUUGCAGAGUUGGACUGGGGGAACGAGGUUCAUAUAAAGGCAGUUGAGCCACCGUUUGACUACAUCAUUGGUACCGAUGUUGUAUAUGCCGAACAGCUCUUGGAACCUCUUCUGCGUACGAUAAUUGGGCUGUCAGGGCCAAAGACAACGGUUAUGUUGGGAUAUGAGAUACGUUCGACCAGUAUUCAUGAGAAAAUGCUUCAGAUAUGGAAAGACAAUUUCGAAGUCAAAAUCAUACCGAGAUCCAAGAUGGAUGGUAAAUACCAAGACCCGAGCAUUCACCUUUACAUCAUGGGGCAAAAAUCAUCUGCUGGUUGCUCGGGAACCGUGGGUUUAGCAUGUAGCCAUGAAGAGGUUGAUACAAGCGAAACAAAAGAAGAGAAAGUUGAUAAUGCCGGAAGCAAUGAUAUGGAAAACGAGGGAGAGGCCAGAGCUGUUGUUCGGCUCAAGGAAGAUAGCAUAUUAAUGAAAUUACGAGAGGGAAAGCUUAGUGAUUGGGAGACGAGAAGGUACGGUACAAUAGCAGCACAGCUUCUCCGAGACGUAAAGAUAGAUUUACAGGUCAAGAAAUGACUUCCAAGAGUCACUCUUUUGUAAAUGUAGCCUCAGAGUUGCACUCAAGAUCACACAAGAUCAAGAACAUCACAUGCUGUCUUGUGUUAUGUUGACGUGUCUCAUGGUAAUGUUCUUGUGAUGUUAUGUUGCAUUUCGAACGAGAGAAGAUAUCGGGUUCGGUCAUGGAUUGGUUCUUGAACUUCCGACACGUUGAAAGAAACCGAAUCUUGGUACUCAUCUCAAGUACAGCCGUUUUGUUUGUUUCUCCUCCACUGGUGAACAGUACUUAUCUGUACCUUCUUCUAGAAGGUUUUCUGGUUCUGAUUGUUCGAGAAAAAUGGGAGUUCCCGAGUUCGUGGAGCUUCCGAAGAGCCUUGACGUCUUUGUUCAGACA